UAAUUUUAUCUGUAAACAGUGCUUUUUGAGCUACUCUUAUCUCCGUAGUGUUUAUGAUUCCUAAUGACUUUCUAGUUUCUGGAAGUGGAACUUCUCCUGAGCACUCGUUACAAACCAAAGGUCCCUUGCCUUAUCAUUUGUUAAACGUCAUUACAUGGGAACUGUAUGAGUCAGUCAUGCCAGAGACACUUUGCACCUGCAGACUUACAAUAUAAUUGGUAGGAUGAGAAUUAUUCUUUAAAUGUUUCCUUUACGAUUGUUUUUGGUUGUUUUUUACAGAUUAGGAAUUAGUUGUUUUAACUUUGUGUUCGAUUGUUGGUCAUGAUUAUAUCCUCAAUGGUUAUGCUGUCAACAUAAGUAAAGGUUGGGAAAGAAAGAAGUUUAUUUAACAUUAAGAAAAACCUUCAACCCAGUAUAGUUUAAAUUAUAUGUGUAGUGACUUUCACAAUACAUAUAUAUAAUUUUUGCUUUAAAAAAGAAUGCUGCCUAACAAAUUCUCCAGUGAGCAAGCUGGGAUGUUUAAGUAGAUUGAGAGUAACCUACAACAUCCCCCUGUGAUCACACGUUGUAUGCAUUUGAGUGGCUGGAUUGCUAUCUUUCUUAAAUGCAUAUUGAAGGACAUUUAGACUUUUCAUAAGUGUAAAGCAUGCAACUGUCCCACAACUUUGUAUUAAUGAUACUGAGCUUUAUAUAAAAAUUAUAUUUUUCUGUGAUGUCUUUUCAAGAUCAUAGGGCUUUAGAGGACCUCGACAUUACUGAAUGUUUAAACAAGUCAUCUGUUCACCAUAAUUAUGAAAGCCUGUCUCAGAACAAAGGCUUACCCCCAGUAUAAUCUGAUUCCAUAGCCUGUUCUGAUACUCCAUUUCAUGGACAUCAAUUAAAAAUGCUCACAUUUUUGUACAUACUGUCAAACAUACGGUAUGGUUAUUGCUACUUGUUGACUAUUUAUCACCUUUCUUUGCCCCCAACGACCCCGCUUUUUACCAGAGCGGCGACGGCAGGGCAAAUUCCAGCCAUUCCGGCGUCUAUUUGGGAAGAACAAAAGGAGGGAAGCAGAACGUGGGUUUGCGGGAUCUGAACUUAAACCUAGCCAUUCCACUGACAGCGUUUGCAAUGGGUUGUCUCAGUUAUUGAGGAGAAUGAUCAGUAUCUAAGAAUUGUAUACUGAAAACAUUCAUAUCUGCGUUCACAGGGAGUUAAACACCCUACAGUCCCGAGCUUUUUCUCACGAGAUUGUAUUUAUCCCAGAGGACUCAGAGGAGACAUAUCCAGGACAGACAAUGUCCCAGGAGAACUUUUCAGACAAAGUUAGGAACAUUCAGAGGCAAAUUGGACAUAAUAUCAAAUUUGGUCAGAGACUUCCUUCACUUAGAAAGAGUGAGGGAGAUGAAGGUAGCUCAGAUGAAGAAGAAAUGCCACGAAGUCCACUGAGGGUUCUUGCUCAGGUGGAGAAUGAGCCACCAGAGACCGAAGCCAAGGAAAAUGCUGGCAGCCACAACACGGUCGAUCACAGAACUCCAGUCAAAUCCCCACGCAAUAAGCGCCCACCUCCCCCUGGCACAAUUGAGUCCAUCAAUCUAGAUGCUGUCCCUCAGUCUGUCCCACGCUUGGACAACACUGCUGCCAAACAUAAACUGUCUGUCAAACCGAAGAACCAGAGGGUGUCACGCAAACAUAGAAUAUUCACACAGGAGUUUCAGGAAGAGGAUUUCUCUGAAAUGCAAAAGCAGUCUGAAACACAAAAGGACGAAGAAGUCUUUGAUUUGCCAAGAGUGGACUAUAACAUUAUCCAUUGGAGCAAAGAGGAUUAUGAACCCACUGAGAAAUCGACAAUGCGACGAUUUCAUGAGGAGGAGCUAGAACGCCUUGAGCUUCAGAGAAGGGAACAAGAGGUAGAGCGAAAGAUGGAGGAACAACAGAGGAGAAUUGAGGAGCAGAGGCUAGAAGAAGAAAAGCUGCGCAGACAGGAGGAGGAUAGGCUGCAAAAGGAGGAAGAGGAGAGGAUGCAACAAGAGGAAGAGGCAAGGAAAGAAAAGGAAGAGGAAGAAAGAAGGAGAGAAGAGGAAGAGCAAAGAUUAAAAAGCGAGGAAGAGCGAAAGAGGCAAGAGGAGGAAAGAAUGUUGAAAGAGGAGGAGGAAAGAAGAAGAGCAGAGGAGGAGAGAAGGCAGCAGGAACUUGAGGCAGAACAUCUUCGUCUGAAAGAGGAAAAAGAAAGGGAGCAGGAGGAGAGACGGAGAAAAGAGGAGGAGGAGGCAGAACAACGUAAGAUUCAAGAGUUAGAGGAGAAACGGCAAAGAGAGGAAGAGCAACGCCUCCGUGCGGAGGAAAGAAGCCGACAAGAGGAGGCUGAGAGAAAAAGACUAGAGGAAAACGAGGAAAGAAAGUGGCAACAGCAAGAGGAGAAAGCUGGAGCUACUGACCCAGAAUGGAAAAGAAAAGCAAAGGAACUGAGAUGGAGAGAGAUGGAGGAGAGACAGAGGCCCUUCACUUUCAAGGUCUCUUCAGGUGAGAAGCAGAUACUAUUCCAGAAGGUCAACCUCACUCCUGUUACUCUGUCAACUGGCCAACAGGGUGAAUCAACAGCUGAAACCAGUGAGGGAGCCAAAGCUUCUUCACCAGGAUGCACAGAUUCACCAACUCUAUCUUCAUCUCUUUAUGUCCCACAUACUGCAAUUCUUGUGACAGGAGCCCAACUUUGUGGAACUGCAGUCAAUCUCUAUCAGAUCAAGGACACAGCCUGCAAGUCCCUACUUGGCCUUUCGGAAGGCAAAAAGGCCAUGAGCACUCCUCCAACCAAAAGCAGGUCUUCACCAGAUCGUAAAUCUGGAAAAAACAAAUCCUUAUAUGAGUCUUCCUUAUCUGUAGACCAAUCAAAUUCUGCUGUCCUGGCAGAAUGGGCAAGUAUCCGAUCCAAAAUUUUUAAAGGUGCUGAGGAUGGAAAAUAUCCUGAAUACCUGGAUCAGAGUCGCAGGCCGAUAAGUGAGGAUCUAAAUACAGUGCCAUUCUCUCACAGCAACCUCAGUAAAACCAUGUCAGCCAGUGCUAAGUUUUCCAUCAUACCAGCCAGAAUGAAGUUUACUGAUUCCAACAGGAACUCAGAGAGUUUUGGUCAGGAAGACAAAGAAGGUGUGACAAUAGAAUCACCAUCUAUGGAAAUUCCCUCUGUACAAAAAUCUGAAUUGCCCUCUUUAGGUACCAAGAUCCAGAGCAGGGGAAGCAAAGUUGUCCACAUUGCAGAUAGUGUUGAAGAAUGCAUGUUUGCCAAAGACCUCCCCUCCUUCCUUGUUCCCAGUCCACCACAUGGAUCUCCCAAAUCACAGAGAUCCGAGACUGGAUCCCCAAGUCAGGCAGAAUCAGAAGACUUGGAUCCAAAGGAUGAAAGGGAUCAGAAGGAUCAGAGUGGUGAUGAGCGGCCCUCACCUUUUGGAAUCAAGUUGAGAAGAACCAACUACUCUCUUCGCUUCCACAAUGAACAAUCUGCAGAGAAGAGGAAGAAAAGGUACAGUGCAGGAGACAGUUUUGAAGGUGUCCCAGUGCCCCUCACCUCCACUGACCAAGAUUCUGACACUUCUACACUCUCUGAAAAGUCUAGCCCUGUUUCUCCUCAGCUAGAGAUUACCGGAUUUCAAACCACUACAGCACCCAGUAAAGAAUCUCGAAGUAAAUUUAGCAGAAAUACUCUUCCUUUGGCAUGCACUGAAGCCGACAACUUUGUCCCCAAGCCUCCAUUUUACCAAAAACCAGCUACCUCCCCCAAACCAUCUGAAGGUGCCACACCUCCACCCUCUCCUCUCCCUAAACCUGGUAGAAGGACUUCAGGGGAAAUGAUUUCACUAAGGACAGGGCAAGCAGAACAGAUAGAUGCUGAGCAGAGCAGUGAUCAAAAGGAAGAAGUUGCAGGAUCUGUACCAUCCCAGAAAAAUGGACAAGGAGAGGAGGAGCUUAAAGAAAAGAAGUCAUUUUUUCCAUCCAUCAGCAUCCCAUGGAGAGAAAAAACAGACCGUAGGACAGAACUAAUUAAAAAAGAAAAACCCUCUCUGCAGGCCAGGCACUCUCUGGACAGCUCACGGACACAAGAGAAAGAGACAGGACCACUUUGGAUCACUCUGGCACUGCAAAAACAGAAAGGCUUCAGAGAACAGCAGCAAACCCGAGAGGAUAGGAAGAGCCAGAGAGAAGCUAAGCUGGCUGAGAAACAGGCUAGGGACAAAGAUAGUGCUGGAAUGAUCAGUCCCACAGAAGAUAAGGGCAAUGGAAGUUCCAGACCUCUCAAGCCUCAAACAGCAGAUGAGAAUAAGAGACAAGACACACUCCUGGCCCGUUUUGAACGACGUGACAACUUGAAGAAAGCAAAUACCUUGCCCAGCUCAGUCACAGUUGAAAUUACAGGCUCUACACCAUCUCCGCCAGCUACAAAAGAUGUGACAAAACGCUUCCCUCCUGGUGACACUACCCAGGUUUCUACCGAGCCUGCCUGGCUUGUCCUAGCAAAGCGUAAGGCCAAAGCCUGGAGCGACUGCCCACAGAUCAUCAAGUGAUCCAUUACUUCUGAGCAGUGAAAAAGCAAACAAGGCAUCUCCUUCAUCCACAUCACUUAGCCAUCACUGCACCCCAGCACACCUAUUCCUCUGAACAAAAAGUCUAUAAUUUACUUUUGAGCAAUCAGGUAUUUUCAAAUAUUUGGUAAUUUAGUGACUAAAUAUUGUACCAAUAUUCAGAUUCACUAAGGAUUUUAUCAAAUGAUCACUUAGACAAUGACAUCAAUCUGCCACUCUGGUUUUCAAUACACAGGAUUAUUGCAAUUACAUGCAUCAAAAGCGUAUUUACUCAUUUUGUGUCACAGUCUAUCAAACAAGCCCUAGAAUCUUCAAAGAAGUUGCAGCCCUUCAUAUCUUUAAAGUUGCCAGUGGUUAACAGUGUAUAUACACAAUGCAUGUCAAACUGUUGAUUCUAGAUAUCACUAAAACAAUAUGACUGGUUCACAUUAAGUACAAAUUCAUCAUGUCAAGUAAAACAAGAAAGUAUGUUGUUGCUUUGGUGACAAUUCUGGGAAGAAAUUCAAGGGAUAAUAAUGACACAACCUUCACAAAUGUCACUCCUCGCUCCCACAAGCAUGUAAAUCAGAGAAACUGUUUAAUAAUUUUUCUAGUUUUCUUUUUCCAUGUAUGCACUCAAAUGAGUUGCCACUCACAGACCUUGCCUAUGGACGGACAUUGUAACUUUUUUAUUUCUUAUUAUAUUUGAUAUCUUGGCAAAGUAAAAAGAUCUUCACUGUGUCCGUGACAACUGUGAGUACUGUUAUUUUAAAUAUUGCUAAAAAUCAUAAAUGACACAUCAGCACUGUUUACACAUGUAAUCAACUAACAGUGAAUUUUUCCUUCAAGUUUCCAUGACAACAUAGUAUACAAUGCACUUGAACCGUGCUGUCAAUUGAUGAAAAAUCUACUUCUUGCAGUGUCUAUACCCGCCAGUUUCUGUAGAACUGGUUGCCCUGGAACCGCCUGCUCGCUGUAACAUAAACAAUGCUAUCCUGGCAUAGCGUGUGCUAGCAUCUCUUUUACCACUAAUUAGCAAAACUUGCAACACGGCUAAGUGAUGGGAGAUCAGUGUUUCAAAUCUAAUGUCCUGUGAAGAGAGAGUACGAACAAGAGGUCUAGCCAAUGGAAAUAUCCUUACAAAUAAAGAGGAGCAUUUCCAGUGAGUGAAUGAAAGGACUAUUGACGGACAUCACCUCUUGUCCUUGAAUAAGGCAGCUAACCCCAGAUUGCUACGGGGGGUAUUGUCCUUGUAGGUGCAGUUGCUCUGAAAAAAGUGUCUGCUAAAUGAUGGAGGUUAUUAAAAACGAAACCUUGAUCUCUCAGCAGAGCCACUGACUCCACUAUCUAAUGUAACAUUGUAUGUAUGUAAUGUAUGUAUGUAAUAGAAGUGAAAUGAAGCAGACUGCAUUCCUUUGGAGAUCUCCUGAACUGCAGUCACGUCACUUUUUUCAUUGCUCGUGUGCAAUAGUGUAGCGUAAACAGUGUUGUAUAUGAUAUAAAACAAAAAGUUUGUUGAUAAUUACACUUUUUUUUGUUCCACUUUAGUAAAAAACCAUGACAGAAAAAGUGAUGCAAUGUUAUGAAAUAUGUUGAAAAAAUUAAAGGAAGCUGUUUGAACUU